AUGGUCAGAAUGAUGGUCCCAGCUCUUCCCGCGCAGGCCCCAGGCUCCACGGCUUUGAGAGAGGAGCUCCCCAACCCAGCCGGGAGAGCCGGGCUUUUCCGGCCGGGCCUGGCCUCUGCGCUCUGGGUCCGGGGCGGCCGGCGGCUCUCAGGGCUGCCCCUGUCCCAUCCCGGGUGCGUCUCCCAGCCCGGGGCAGCAGCCUCCGAGCCCACCGCCUGGCUCUGCACCCCCUCCCCAGCGUUGCUGAGCGCACAGAAGUUUGCUUCCGUGAAUGCCCAAAGCUGGGCACAGGACUCCAGCCCUUUGCCACACCUGCUCACGGUGUCGGUCCUGCCGGCCCACCCCGUGGCGGCCAUGAAACACCACACUGUUCCUCUGCCGGCCGGUGGGCUCCCACCAGCGUCCCUCUCUGCACCGAGCGGGGAACCUGCCCCGCCACCCUGGGAGCAUGGCAGGGAGCGGGCCACAGUGUUUGCACACCUGACCUCAGACCCAGGGGUGGACGGGGUCAUGCCCACCGGCCCCCGGCCCUGCCCACAGCCCCCUGCCACCCACCUGCUGCCACUCCCCUACCAGGGGCGGGGCCUGGCCGGAGGGGGCGGGCCCUGGCUGGACAGGGGGCGGGGCCGGUAUGAACGGGGCGGGGCCUGUCGUGGGCGGGGCCCGGCGCGCGGCGCACGUGACGGCGCUCGCCGGGGUGAAAGGUCAGCAGGCCCGCGCGCCGCGCCAGCGGCACUUCCAACAUGGCGGCGGCCGAGGCGGCGGCGGCGGCGGCGGUGGCGCGCCUCCCUGGAGCCGGAGCGGGCGCGACUCCCCGAGCCCGGCGCCCGCCCCCCGGCCCCGCCGCGGGCCGCGCGGCCGCCGUGGCUGCUCCUGCUGCUGGCGGCGGCGGCGGCGGGGCCCGGGGCGUGCGGCGCGGCGCGGCUGUACCGCGCGGGCGAGGACGCCGUGUGGGUGCUGGACAGCGGCAGCGUGCGCGGGGCCACCGGCAACAGCUCGGCCGCGUGGCUCGUGCAGUUCUACUCCUCGUGGUGCGGCCACUGCAUCGGCUACGCGCCCACCUGGCGGGCCCUGGCCGCCGACGUGCGAGACUGGGCAGCUGCAAUCCGCGUGGCAGCCCUGGACUGUGCAGAUGAGAAGAACCACGGCGUCUGCAGGGCCUACGAUGUCCACUUCUACCCCUCCUUCAGGUAUUUUAAAGCAUUUACAAAGGAGUUCACACCUGGAGAAAAUUUUAAAGGACCCGACAGAGAGCUGCAGACGGUGAGGCACGCCAUGGUUGACUUCCUGCAGAACCACACGGAGGGGGACAGGCCCCCUGCCUGCCCGUCCCUGGACCCUGUUCAGCCCAGUGACAUUCUUUCUCUCUUUGACAACCGUGGUGGCCAUUAUGUGGCUAUUUUAUUUGAAAGCAAUAGCUCCUAUCUUGGACGAGAGGUGAUCCUAGACUUGAUCCCGUACGAAAACAUCGUGGUGAACAGAGCGCUGAAUUUGGACAAAGCACUUCUCGAGAAACUUGGUGUUUCUUCGGUUCCCUCGUGCUACCUGAUCUGUCCAAAUGGGACCCAUGGAGUGAUUAAUGUGGCCAAGCCGCUCCGCUCGUUUUUCUCCUCCUUCCUGAGGUCCUUGCCGGGUGUAAGGAAAAGGGCCCCUUCCCUGCCUGAGCAGCCACGCAGGGAGGAGGAUUCUGACCCCGUGGCCUGGAGAGAAUUUGACAGGUCCCGGCUGUACAUGGCGGACCUGGAGUCGGGGCUGCACCACCUGCUGCGCGUGGAGCUGGCUGCACACAGGUCCUUGGUGGGUGCCGAGCUGAAGACCCUCAAGGACUUCCUCACCAUCCUGGCCAAGCUCUUCCCCGGCCGGCCGCCGGUCCUGAAGCUGCUGGAGAUGCUGCAGGAGUGGCUGGGCAACCUUCCUCUGGACAGGAUCCCCUACGACGCCGUGCUCGACCUGGUCAACAACAAGAUGCAGAUUUCUGGAAUAUUCCUUAGCAAUCACACAAGAUGGGUUGGCUGCCAGGGAAGCAGACCAGAGCUGCGGGGUUACCCGUGUUCUCUCUGGAAACUGUUCCACACUUUGACGGUCCGAGCUGGGACGCACCCGAAGGCGCUGGCUGGCACAGGUUUUGAAGACGACCCCCAGGCAGUGCUGCAGGUCGUGAGAAGGUACGUUCGCACCUUCUUUGGGUGUAAAGAAUGUGGCGAGCACUUUGAGGAGAUGGCCAAAGAGUCCAUGGAUCUGGUGAAGACUCCAGACCAGGCAAUUCUCUGGCUUUGGAAGAAGCACAACGUGGUGAACAGCCGCCUGGCAGGCCACCUGAGUGAGGACCCCAGGUUCCCGAAGGUCCCGUGGCCCACCCCAGACCUCUGCCCAGCCUGCCACGAGGAAGUCAGGGGCCUGGACAGCUGGGACGAGGACCAGGUGCUCGCGUUCCUCAAGCGGCACUACGGCAGGGACAGCCUCGGGGACCCCGACCCUGUGGGCCCAGGGGAGCCUGGGGAAGGACGUGCAGCCCCCAGGAGGCCAAGUGGAAGCCGGGGCAGCGAGGGCUCCAGCCCCCGUCCUGCAGGGCAGUGGCACCAUGGCCCUGCGGCCAGGCAGGAGGUUGCCCCGUGGCUGGGGGCCAGCUUCUCCAGCCUGGACAUGAGCCUCUGCGUGGCGCUCUACGUGGCCUCCUCCCUGUUCCUCAUGGUGGUCUUCUUCUUCUUCCGCGUGCGGUCCAGGAGAGGGCGGGCGAAGCACUUCCCCCCGGCCGUGUAGCUUCUCGGCCACAGUUUACGCACGGCCUCCUGGUGAGGGACGAGGGGCGGGUUUUCUGUGGAAGCGUUUGUGCUCCCGGCACACUCUGUGCCUUUUACAGACCUGGUCGCAAAAGGAACAUCCAUGUUUUCACUCUUCUGGAGCUAAGAAAGGGCCGAGGGAUCCACGGCCCACAAACAGACUGUCCCCCCACUCAGCUCGGUGGCUUGCCCUCACAUCGGCCUCACGAGGUCUCGCUCUUGCUUCUGGAGACCAGAGCCCCUCCCCACGGGAGCUGGUGUGCGCCGGGCCCGCUUGUGCCCAGAGGGGGCUGGCAGCCGGCACCUUUGCAGGGCCCUCACGGAGCAGCUCUGCCCGGUGGUCCAUGCCUCCAGCCGCCUGGCAUGUCAGCUUAGCAAGGGCUGUUCCGCACAGUCUCAGGCUGCUCAAAACCAGAGAAGGAAACAGCCCUGGAGACCCAGGCAACCGCGGCUCCGACCCGGCCCGGCCUUGGGAACCAGGGGAGGGAGGCUGCCGCCGCUUCGCAGAGAUCUUGGCCGGGGCUGGCUGAGGCUUCAGGGCGGGCCUGUCUGUCUGUCUGAAUCCAGUGACCAAAGACAAAAUGAUGUGGGCCUGGGGCCUGCCUGUCCGGUGGGGAGAUUGGCACCCCGGCGGGGUCCGCGGUCAGGUUGCGGGGGCAUUUCCCGGAGGGGAAGUGGCCGGUGGGAGAGGCAGGCCUGUCUGCCCUGGGGGGCAGGGGCAGACCUCGCAGAACAAGCAGCCCGUCCUCACCUAUCCCGUUGUCUUCGGGACACCUGGUGAGGCACCAGCAGUUCCCCAUUUUUGAGCAGGAUGGGGGCUAAAGCCCGCCAGGUGCAGGUGAAAGGCCCAGGCCAGGAUGGCCGCGCGGGGGCUCUCCCGGCAGCCUCGCGUUUACCGGAAGCCACCUUUUUGGAAGGGCCCGGCAUCUGGCCCUCCCCUCCCGGGUUUUGGUCAACACUUUUUCACCAUUUAAUAUUUUAAACAUCUCAUUUAUAAAACCCAAAAAGCAUUUGGGGGAAAUUUGCCUCUGAAGACUUAAAUAAAAUCAAACAACGCCCUGGGAUGCAUAUAUUCAGGUUCUCUGUGGCUACUGGUUUGUCACAAGCUCAGUUUUAUUUGGAUAAAAUGUAGGGUUUGUUGGUAUCACACCUGGGUGCCAAGAUUUGCGUACCCAUGUGCGUGUUUGCCUCUGAUAGUUGUAUUUUUUUCCAUUUCGCUUCAUCUGUUUACUAAUUAAAGUUGGUCACGUGGGUGUAUUCUGCAGACCACUGUAUCUUCGAUGCUGCUGGUAACGCUUGAGGGAAAGCCGAGAGCUUGCUUUCCCCGCCGAUGCCACAGCUCCUGCUCUGCCUGCAGGGGGGACGGGCCGAGGGAGAGCGGCGCCCUGCGCUCUGGGGCCCGGGCAGCAGCUCCAAGCCAGGCGGCUGCGUUUCCCUCCACAGCACGUGCUGCGUCCUGGGUUGACACUUGCCUUUUAACCCCUGGGUGCCUCAGCCUUGUAAAAAACACAAGCUUGUCUUUCUGGUUGGUUGUGUGUCUGGGUUACUGGGAACACUGUCUUGUUCCUCUUUUCAACUUGAAAACCAGGUGAUUUACACACGGGUCCAAAGGACAAUAUGCAGAGCCAUUAAGCUGCCUUUCGGUUCCUGCCAAACGUCUUUCUCCCCUUUCCCCUCUCACCACCGUUAGCCAGUGUGUGGGGGGUGCUGCCGCCUGCCCUACCCCUUCCACCCUUUCCUAGAAACCCGCUUGAAAGGCAGGGUUGCCUUCCAAGUUCCAUCGUAACGUUGCAGUUUGAGGCGGCCACGAUUUGGGAGAAGAGCAGGUGACUUCCUGGGGCGGGUUUUCGGUGGGUUGUCAGUGGCCUGUGUGUCACGGGGCAGGUGAGACAGCAGGCAGGCGGCCGGGGGACCCCGCCUCGGGCAGGUGAGCAGGGUGCAGCCAUGCACGCCUGCCAGAACCGAUGCUACCUGCUGCAAAGGUGGAAGGUAUAUUUUCUAAAUUUUUAAUGUUCUAAGAGGUAUUGAAACUAAUGAAUAUACUGGUUCAGUUAUUUAAAUGUUUAUUUAUUUUUAUUGGAAGGAUUUUGAUUAAAAAGAAGCUAGCUGGCAUGGAAAUGUCAACGAAAUUUCUUACCUGCAAAGAAAGUGAAUGUUUUGUAUUUAAAAAAAACAAUAAUGUGCACAUUUUAAAAAUAAAUCUAUUUGAAAAAA